GUGCGCGUGCUCGAGGGAGGAGUCACACGCGUGAACGGCUCGAGCUGCUUGGCAACACACAGCAUGUAUCCAAGUGAAACGCGUCCGGUGAACCAGGAGGUUUUGAUGGGACGCCCGGGUCAGUGCAGCCCCACCGCGCCGGCCGGAGUCACCCGCAGACCCGAAGCGCGAGGAAAGCCUCUGAGAUACACUUUCAGGCGCGAGGCGAGCCUCUCCACGUAGACUUCUGUCUCUCGUAGUUCGGAUGGGACGUUCUGCUGGCGAGAACAUCAGGUGCACGGAGAACAUGUAACAAAGGAGGACGGGAGCUGGAUGAUGGACCGCAACAUCUCGAGCUUUCUGUAGGGCUCCUUCGGUUCUGAACUCUCCGUCUUGGUUCAAGAUGAGUUGCUUCUGCUCGGUCCAGGAGGAGUUUUACUGCGAGGUUCUGCUCUUGGACGAGUCCAAGCUGAUUUUGACCACCCAGCAGCAGGGGAUAAAGAAAUCAACCAAAGGCUCUGUAGUUCUGGACUAUGUGUUCAGUCACGUGAACCUCGCAGAAACGGAGUAUUUUGGGCUUCGCUAUUGCGACCGCAGCCAUCAAACGUACUGGCUCGAUCCCUCGAAAACACUCGCGGAGCAUAAAGACUUGAUGACAACCGGACCUCCGUUCACGCUCUACUUUGGGGUGAAGUUUUAUGCUGAAGAUCCUUGCAAGCUAAAAGAAGAAAUUACAAGGUAUGAGUUCUUCCUGCAGGUGAAGCAAGACGUCUUGCAAGGAAGGCUUCCCUGUCCGUUCAACAUCAGCGCACAGCUGGGAGCGCUUGCUGUUCAGUCUGAGCUCGGAGACUACGAUCCGUACAAACACACACCGGGUUACGUGUCUGAAUAUCGCUUCGUUCCUGACCAGAAAGAAGAACUCGAGGACGGCAUCGAACAGAUUCACAAAACACUCAUGGGUCAGGUGCCCGCCGAGGCUGAAAAUAAUUAUUUAGCAGCAGCCAAAACCCUGGAGAUGUACGGCGUGGACCUGCACCCAGUGUUUGGAGAGAAGCAGUCCGAGUAUUUUCUGGGCCUGACUCCGGUGGGGGUCGUGGUUUACAAAAACAAAACACAAGUGGGGAAGUACUUCUGGCCAAGAAUUACAAAAGUGUACUUCAAGGAAACCCAGUUUGAGCUGCGGGUUAUGGGCCGAGACUGCAACGAGACGUCGUUCUUCUUCGACGCCGCCAGUAAGACGGCCUGCAAGAACCUGUGGAAGUGCUGCGUGGAGCAUCACACCUUCUUCAGGAUGCCGGAGAACGAGUCCAGUUCAUUAACAAGGAAGCUGUCCAAGUUCAGCUCUCUGGGCUCGAAGCAUCGCUACAGUGGAAAGACCGCGAUGCAGAUCGGACGAGAGCAGUCUGUGACCCUGCCACGACCCGACCUUCAGGUGAUCCGAACCCGCAGCAAGACCUACCCGAAGAGAAGCGGGCGGAGCAACGGAGGACAGACGGUGACCAAGACGGAGAACGCAAGCGAAGGCCUCAAAAGCACCGCACACACACCGGUCAAGAGUCCCAAAGCAAAGACAGACAGCACUUCAGAGCCGCAGAACAAGCCCGGUGCACCAUGGGAAGAAGACGCUCCUCAGAGCGGUCUGUAUAACUCGGCCAGCGAGCGGAACAAAUCUCCUAAAUUCCCCAAAGCUCACCACCGGUCCCCCUCUGGAGGCAGCGAGAACGAGCCGUCUCUCUCGGCCCGCCGAAGGAGAGGUCAAGCCACCGACGAACCACAGGCCAACAAACACUUCAGGAGGAGGUCACGUUCCCGUGGAAACACCAGCAGCGGCAGCGAAUCCGAGAAUUCCAACAGAGAACAUCGUAAAAAAAGGAACCGCUCCCGGCAGGAGAACGAGAUGGUGGAUUCUGGUCCGCAGUGGGAGGUCGUGCUUCGCAGACAGAAGGAAAAAACGCCCAACGAUCCCAACCAUCGCCGCUCGCGACACCGCUCACGAUCACGAAGUCCUGACGUCCAAGCUAAGGAGCAGCUCUGGAAGCACAUCCAGAAGGAGCUGGUCGACCCUUCAGGUCUCUCUGAGGAGCAACUGAAGGAGAUUCCGUACAAGAAAGUGGAAACGCAAGGUGACCCGAUCAAGAUCCGCCAUUCACAUUCUCCCAGGAGCUUCCGGCAGUAUCGACGCUCUCACUGUUCGGACGGCGAGCGGUCUGUGCUCUCCGAGGUCAACUCUCGGACCGAUCUGGUGCCUCCUCUCCCGGUCACCCGCACCGCAGACGUGCCCGGUUCCAGCUCGACCCCUGCACAGAAGAAGAAAGGCUCCAAAGACACUCUCUCGGAGAGCUCCGAGCAGGACACAAAAAGCACCGCCAAGGUGGUGAAGACCGUACACACAUCUCGAGUGAAAACCGAGACGUGACCGUUUUCACAGUCGACGUGUCACGGACCAACGGCAGGGUCGAAAGGUCGAGCUCCGGCGGAGCCUGUAUGAAAACACUGAAGUUAUCCAGAUGCACGGACGCCCUCGAUAAAAAUCCAACCUCCUUUUCUUCACGGUUCAUGCCAUAAAUCAUAGAAAAUGCAUUUCCUCGCCAGUCUAGGAUUGCCCGUGCGUCACACAAGCACGCUGCAAACGUAGAAAUUAGAUUGAUUUCCUACUGACAAUCAUGAAGGAUGGUGGACUGCCGGUGGUGUCAGGUCUGAUAUCGCAACCAUCUCAAACUGUUUUGAACACAUUUUCUACAGUAUUAAACGUCUGUGAGCUCGAGCGCCAUGUGGGAAUGAUGGUGGUAAACAGUGCUUGGUAUUAUUAUUAUUAUUAUUAUUAUUACUAUUGUUGUUGUUGUUGUUGUUGUUGGCUGAGUCAGCUCUGCUGUAGGAAAUGCUGCUGUAUUUCUAUCUUUGUUUUUGCACAAUAAUGUAGACUCUUGUAACUGUUUCAAAAUCACUGUAGCUGAACCGGAAGCUCGAAUUCUUGAGUUUUAACAACUUCUUGUCAAUAAAUACAUUAUACUAGAUUCA